AUGGCGACGCGCGGCUGCAGGAAGAAGACGAGGGGCAUGAAGAGGAGCCCCGUGUCCGACCUCUCGGACGAUCUCCUCGUCGAGAUCAUCUCGCGCGUGCCCUACCAGUCCACCUGCUGCUGCAAGUGCGUCUCCAGGCGGUGGCGCGACCUACUCUCCCAUCCCGACCACCGCAAGAAGCUGCCCCGGUCGACCCUCGCCGGCAUCUUCUACCAAACCUUCGGAGGCAGUGGGCGCCUUCCCCCAGCUAGGUUUUGUGGCUACCGGAGCGUAUCAGGGAACUUCUACUCUAGCAUGGACCCCUCCCUCUCGUUCCUGCCCAAACGCAGGAGAGUUCAGUUUUACCUCUUGGACUGCUGCAAUGGCCUCCUCCUCUCCCGCAACUGGGAUCAGCCUUAUGGUGUCAAGAACUUUGAAUAUGUGGUGUGUAAUCCCGCCACUGAAAAGUGGGUCGUUGUGCCUGCCAGCGGAUGGUCCUGCAAGGUGCGGAUCACUCGCCUAGGGUUCGAUCCGACUGUCUCCUCUCACUUCCAUGUGUUCGAAUUUGCAGCAUCUGCUAUCCCUAAUGCUUAUAGGCAGAAUGAUGUACACGCAUCAAAGCAGUGGGAAUCUACUCAUCCAAAGCUAGAGAUGGUGCAUUUAUCUUCUCGAUCAUGUCAUAAUUCGGUUGUAGCAGUUGGUGUGGAUGGAACUCGUGGGUUUAUUCGUGUGCCUACUCCAUGCGGUGGUAAUGAUCUUUAUUUAUCUCAAGGACAAUUGUGUUUGGCACAUAAGGAUGCUUCUGAACUGUCAGUUUGGGCUCUUGAAGAUUAUAGUAGUGAAAACUGGACCUUGAAGUACAAGGUUAGCCACUUACAACUGCUCGGAUUAAUGUGUUCAAUGUUUCUGGGCUAUGUUUUUCCAAAAUUUCGAGAAGGGGAUUACCCCGGGCUCUGCAUCCCAGGAUGCACACAGCCAAUGUUUCUGGGUUAUUACAGGGUUAUCUCGAUCCACCCAGAACAUAGUUUGAUAUUUUUUGUGUGUCAGAAAUUGCACAAGCAGGGCGAACGAUCACUGACGAAACUAAUGUCGUAUGACAUGGAUUCCAGGGAGCUGCAUUUUAUAUGUGAACUUGGACGGGGCUGCAGGACUCCUUAUCUUUCAUAUGUUCCUUUGUUCUCAGAGUCAUUGGCAGAUGGGCACUAG